CAGGCAUAGCCGUUCAUUUAACGGUUUCGUGAUACACGUAUCCUAUCCAAUAUUAUUAUAAAUAUUUUCUUGUUGAAAUUUUUGUUGAGACUUAAUUCUCUUACCAUAAAUAAGGGUAUUUUAAAGUCAGCCUUAUUAGAGCUUGCAAAAAAUAUUUAAAAUAAAAAAGUAGGCAACAAGUAAUGUAAAGUAUAACAAAUAGAGUAUUUCGAAAACGAUGCUAUCGUGCCAAAUUUGCAUUGUUGUGAUUUUGCGACAACGUUGCCGCAUUUGACAUCCACAUACCCGCAUCCACGCUGGCUAUGGGGCACUGACCAUGCCUAUAAUUGAAUUAGCGGUCCUGAUUGAUUGAUUGUCUCACAAUGCAGCAGCAGAUUACCCCAAACGCCGGCUAUCCAUGUAUCCUGAUCUGCGUGUUGCUUCUUCUGCUGACCACCGGUGUCAACUGUCAGAAGCAGUACUCCAAGGCGAGAAAGUUGGAGCUAAGGGAGGAUGUGCGCCGAAUGUUCCAACACGCCUACGAGGGCUAUUUGCGCCACGCUUCCAAUUAUGAUGAGCUGCGCCCCCUGACCUGCGACGGCCAUGACACCUGGGGCAGCUACUCCCUUACCUUGAUCGACGCUUUGGAUACGCUGGCCACCAUGGGCAACUUCACGGAAUUCCGGCGCGUUACCCGGUUUCUCGAGGAGAAGAUGAAUUUCGAUCGGGACAUUAAUGUAUCCGUCUUCGAGACGAACAUCCGCAUUGUCGGCGGCCUGCUGUCCGCGCAUCUGCUCUCCAAGAGGGCGGGCAUCGAGUUGGAAGAGGGUUGGCCCUGUAAGGGUCCACUGCUCCGCCUGGCGGAAGAUGUCGCUCGGCGUUUACUUCCAGCUUUUGACACAAAUACGGGAAUGCCUUAUGGCACAGUGAACUUACGCUACGGCGUACCCAAGGGGGAGACAUCCGUUACCUGCACGGCCGGCGUGGGGACCUUUCUUAUCGAAUUUGGCACCCUUAGCCGGUUAACCGGGAACAGCAUUUACGAGGAGGUUGCUAUGCAGGCGGUACAUGCACUCUGGGGUUAUCGUUCGCCGAUUGGACUUUUCGGGAACCACAUCGACGUGCAAAGCGGACGGUGGACCGCCCUGGACUCAGGAAUUGGAGCUGGAGUUGAUUCUCUGUUUGAAUACCUGGUUAAAGCAUCUGUACUGCUUAAUCGCCCUGAGCUAUUGGAGCUGUUUCACGAGGCUCGCGCGGCCAUAGAUAAGUAUAUGCGCAAGGAGGACUGGUAUGUGUGGGUGGGCAUGAACAAGGGCCACGUCACCCUUCCCGUCUUUCAGUCUCUGGAGGCCUUUUGGCCUGGAAUCCUUAGCAUAAUUGGGGAUACAGAGCCGGCACUGCGCACCAUUUCAAGAUACAUUGGAGUCUGGAAGAAGUACGGCUUUCUACCAGAGUUCUACAACAUUGCUGCAGGAGAGGCUUCACCGAAUCGGGAGGUAUAUCCCCUACGGCCUGAGCUGAUCGAGUCAGCCAUGUAUCUCUACCGAGCAACGGGAAAUGAGUACCUUCUGGAGCUCGGGGAACAUAUGCUAGAGACUCUAGAGUUCAGCGCCAAAACGAAGUGCGGAUAUGCAACAAUCCGAAAUGUUGUUACCCAUGAGAAGGAGAACCGAAUGGAAUCGUUCUUCCUAGCGGAGACGAGUAAGUACUUGUAUCUCUUAUUUGACGAAGACAACUUCCUGCACAACGAUGGCUCUGGAGGCGAGCUCCUCUCCACCGAGGAUGAUGUAUGCGUUGUUAUGGCGGGUGCUUAUAUUUUUAACACAGAAGCCCACCCCAUGGACAUGUCAGCCCUGCACUGCUGCCACGCGCACAAGGAGGACAUCUACGCCACACUAGAUCUACAGCGUUUUAGUCCACGUGCGAUAUUCGGGAGAAGCAGGGAACGUCAGGUCGCGGUUCAGGAUCAAUGGGUACCGCAGUGUCACCCAGAAAACUACGAGUACUAUUAUAAGGAGCAGGAUAAUGUACAACGACAAGAAUCUGGAAGAGAGCAAGGACGCGAGCAGUCCGGCUCAACUACUACGAUGGCCGUAGACAUUGAGGUGUUCGACGAGUUUCAGCAGCCUGCCGGCGAUGUGCUGGUGAGCAACUUCGAGCGAAUACGUGAGGAGCGGGAGCUCAACGAGAGCCUUCAAAGAAGCGAGGUGCCACGUAAUCAGUUAACAGUCAGCGAUCUAGAUGAAUUCUUUACCCAGCGGCGGGAUAAUUUCGGCAGUGCCUCUGAGGCUCUCAACUAUGUUCUCGCCUUUAUGGGAAACUACACCAUGGACGUGGCCUUCAUCAGAGGUCUGCAACUAUACAAUACUAAUUUCAGUAGCGUGCUAGGCACAGGUGCCCAAAAGGAGUACGAGUCACGUAUGAGAUCUCUUUGGCAGUUGUACGAACUGGAACAGCAAUACGCCGCCAACAUCAGGCUGAUCCAGGGAUUAGGCUUGCUUACUUUCCAGGCGGACAGUGAGCGGAUGCGUAUUUACUUGGCAGAGGUGUUGGACAGCCUAGAUAAACAAGAUCAGUUGGAGGAGCAGCAUCCCCAAGAUCUUCAGCCAAGAGUCGCCAAUGCCUCCUCGUCCCAAUUAGCCAAUAUAAGAGAAAUAAUUCUUAAAGCACGCAAUUCUUAUGCCAUAGCCAUGGUAAAUACCACGGCCAUGCAGGAAUUUGCCAUCCGCAUCUACCUCAGUGGCACAGCGGAGGCUGGCGUACGCAUUCACCCAUUGCUGGAACCUGCAGAACUAACUCAGGAAGAGCGUUUAAGGCCUCUAAAGUUGGCGGAGGAGCGGGCCCUCUUCAGCUACACCCGUCGAAUUGUUGACUUUCGGAAACGAAUGGCGGAAACAGUGGACCGGCUGCAAACGCUUAUGCAGGAUAUGCCACAAGACAAGAGUAAAGAGACCGCUGAAGAUUCUCAACUUCAAAAAGUGGAUGCGUCUACAGUGUACGCUCAAACCGAAGCUAAAGAGACUGCAAAGAAGGAUCAGCAGGAGCAGAAGUUGGCAACUAAGAAGCCAAUCCGAAUUCAAAAGGAGAAGCCAACAGAAGAGGACUCAGGAUCGGGACAAGACGAGACCGGCUCCGUGUGGUCGCAGUUCGUGCAGACCAUCUUGCGUAAAACCACAGUACAGCGGGUCAAGUUCGACGAGGCUGUGCUCCUGGAAAAGACGCGGAAAGCGUUGGAAAAGCACGCCCACAAGAAGCUGCCCCACCAUCUGUUCGCCUGCCACCGGCCGGAAUACAUUGAGGGUUUCGCAUAUAGGGACUUCUAUCCGGAAGCGCUGUAGUUUUACAACCACCUCGACAACUAAACACGACUGAUCUGUAGAUAUGUAUUUAGUUAGUAAAGGGGUAUUCGCUUUGGUGGCUGGUAAACCCUAAGAUAAUUCUCAAAAAGCUUUCAUUCCCAAUCGCAAUAUAUGGGUGUACCUCAAACUCGCAAGAGAACUAUUUUCUCAAAGAGUUCCCUAGAAUGUUAACAAGCAUUUUAGUUUUAUAGCUGGAAAUAAUAUUUAGUAUUUCUUAAGUUUUACUUUUUUUACUGAAAAUACACUAAGUUCUAUGUAAUAUUAAAAGACAUGGUCAAUAAGAAGUAAACCUUAUAUCAAGUCUCUAUAGUCCUUGUAUUCCAAAUUUUUCUCAAUUUUUACAGGCGAUUUCAUAAAGCUCAGAUGACUUAGAAAAAUUUUAGAUAACCAACCAUGAAUUGAAGUUUAAAGACCAAAUGCGAAUACCCUUUUAGCGUGCCAAGCGUCAAGUGGCUCCACUUGUUCCGGCAAUUAAUUUAUUAAUAUACACUUAAAUCACCCAUAUUUUUCGUGGUUCCCUGAAGAUAUUACCACGGCCUAUACGUAUUUAUAUCUAUAAUAAUCGUAUUUAGGAAUCGUGUGUUUGAGUGUGCGUGUAAACUAUUUGCAAUGACUGUUGUUGGCUGUAUUGUAAUUAAAUUGAUUUAUUUCCGUA